CCUGACCUACCAUUCUCAUUUUCAUUGAAUCAAAAAAAGAUGGAUUUUUCUGUUCCUGGCAGUGAUUCUUGGGACAGCACAUCUGUAGAAAAUAAGUUUAUAUCAAAUUAUUUUGUGCACAAAAAGGAGUUCACAAAAGUUCCAAAAAAUAAAUCAACAAAUGAUGCUUGUUCUUCUGGUUUAUCACAAUUGACAAAAAAGAAAAGAAAAAAUUCUCUAAAAAAUUUUCCAAAAGAGGCAUUUGAGAAUUCUAAAGGCAUUAAUGACAUUAAUACUGAACUAAAAGAGAAGUUCCCUGAUGGCCAUGGCACAAAAGCAAAAGUUGUGGGGAAAAGGAAACAAGUUAGUGAUGACCAUUGUGAGAGUAAUUCUAAUAAGAAAAAAUCUAGUGAAAGUGAUGUAAAUAAAAGCAACGUUAAAAAACAAAAAAAGGGCAGAAAAAAGAAAAAUAUCAAACACAUUUUAGGUGAUGGUGAAGGUCAAUUUGAUGAGGCAUCUGAAAUAAAAUGUUUAGAAAAUUCAGUUCAGGAAAAUGUAGGAAAAAAGUGCUCUGAUAAGAAAACAUUCAUUUCUAAAGCUGAAGAAAAACUACAAGCUGCAAAAUUCCGAUACUUAAAUGAAAUGUUAUAUACUGAAACUGGAAACAAUGCUUUUGAAUACUUCCAGAAAAACAGGAGAGAUUUUAUGAAUUAUCACUCUGGGUACAGAUCUCAAGUGUUGAAAUGGCCUAUUAAUCCUGUUGAUGUCAUUAUAAAAGAUAUACAGCAGCUAAGUCCUAACACAAUAAUUGCUGAUUUAGGCUGUGGUGAUGCAAAAAUUUCCCAGAAUUUUCCUGAUAGAACUGUGCAUUCUUUUGACAUCAUAGCAUUGAAUAAAAAUAUCAUUGCCUGUGAUAUUUCUCAUACUCCUUUGGCUGAUGAAAGUGUUGAUGUCGCUGUAUUUUGUUUGUCACUUAUGGGAACAAAUUUGAAGGACUUUCUUUGUGAAGCUCAUAGAAUAUUAAAACUUCAGGGAAUUUUGAAAAUUGCUGAAGUUGAAAGUCGAAUUGAAGACAAAGCACAUUUUGUGAAAUGCGUAGAACUCUUUGGCUUCAUGUUAAAAAAAGAGAACACUUGUAGUAAAAUGUUUGUAUUCUUGGAUUUUAUUAAAGUUAAAAAGAAAAUGAAGAAAUCAAAAGCCCCAAACAUUGCUUUGAAGCCCUGUUUGUAUAAGAAAAGGUGAUAAAUACUUCAUAAUGUUUGUUGAAUGUGUUCCAAGUUUUGAACUUGGGGGGAAAAAUUAAAUGUACAAAAUUGAACUUUUUUUUUAUAAAUAUAAAAAAAUAAUGAAAAAAGAGCACUUGUCUAUUCAUUAAAACUGCUGUUAAAAGUCUAGUUAUUAAAACUUUUGAUUUCUAAGUAACUACCCAAAAUAUUAUUUUUAUUGUUGUA